AAAAAAGUCUUUGAAUUUAAAAUAUUUAUUUUAUCCUUCCUUCUCUUCCCAAUUCCCAUACACUAUAUAUAUAAGAGCUCGUCACUCUUCUUUCAGAUUCAAAACCUCCUGAUUUCAUUCUUUACUACUAAUAAUCAUUUUUUGAAAAAAAUAAAAAAGGGACAUGGUUUUGCCAUCUUCAACACCGUUACAAACCACCGGAAAGAAGACGAUAUCCUCGCCGGAAUAUAACUUCCCGGUGAUCGAUUUCUCCUUAAACGAUCGGUCAAAACUAUCGGAGAAGAUCGUAAAAGCCUGUGAGGUUAAUGGGUUUUUCAAGGUGAUAAACCAUGGAGUUAAACCGGAGAUAAUAAAGAGAUUCGAGCAUGAAGGAGAAGAGUUCUUUAAUAAACCGGAAUCAGAUAAGCUACGAGCCGGUCCGGCGAGUCCGUUCGGUUACGGAUGCAAGAACAUCGGGUUCAACGGCGAUUUGGGUGAGCUUGAGUAUCUUCUUCUCCACGCAAAUCCGACAGCUGUCGCUGAUAAAUCUGAAACUAUAUCUCAUGAUGAUCCUUUCAAGUUCAGCUCGGCGACGAAUGAUUACAUACGCACGGUUAGAGAUUUGGCAUGUGAGAUCAUUGAUCUGACGAUCGAGAAUUUAUGGGGACAGAAGUCUAGCGAAGUGAGUGAGCUGAUCAGAGACGUUCGUAGCGAUUCGAUCCUACGGUUGAAUCACUAUCCACCAGCACCGUACGCGUUAAGUGGCGUUGGUCAAAUAGGUUUCGGAGAACAUUCUGACCCUCAGAUCUUGACGGUGUUAAGAUCCAACGACGUAGAUGGACUUGAGAUUUGCUCACGUGACGGCUUGUGGAUCCCAAUCCCAUCUGACCCUACAUGCUUCUUCGUAUUGGUCGGUGACUGCCUUCAGGUACUAACCACAUUUUGUUUCGUAAAGACUUACAAAAUAGUUUUCAUCAAUUAAUUAAUUAAUGAAAUAAUCUUUGAAAAUAGGCAUUGACGAAUGGGAGAUUCACUAGCGUGAGGCAUAGGGUUUUAGCAAACACAGCAAAGAAGCCACGUAUGUCGGCGAUGUACUUUGCAGCUCCACCGUUAGAGGCGAAAAUAUCACCGUUGCCAAAAAUGGUGUCGCCGGAAAAUCCAAGACGUUAUAAUUCAUUCACAUGGGGUGACUACAAAAAAGCUACAUACUCUCUCCGUUUAGAUGUCCCUCGUCUCGAGUUUUUCAAGACUUUAUAGAUUAUAUUCAUACCAUUGAAAGCUAGAUUUUUUAUUUUUUUUUUGCUUGUUGAAAAAGAAAAUAUGAUUGUUGGAUUGUUACAAAUAUAUACCAUGUGAAAUGUAUAGAUUUAGAUGAACAAAAAGAAAAAGAAAAUUGAGUUUUGGUCAUUUACUUUGUAAUUUACUAAUUUCACAUGUGAAUCAGUGGAUCAUUGCAAUUUCUAAAGAAAAGCUCUAAAACAUUCCAGUAAGAGAAAUUAU